CUCCAGACACAGUGAGCAACCAUGAAGACCUUAAUCUUCCUUGCUUUCCUUGGAGCUGCUGUUGCUCUCCCUCUGGAUGACGAUGAUGACAAGAUUGUUGGAGGCUACACCUGUCAGAAGAAUUCCCUCCCCUACCAGGUGUCCCUGAAUUCUGGCUACCACUUCUGUGGAGGCUCCCUCCUCAAUUCCCAGUGGGUUGUCUCAGCAGCCCACUGCUACAAAUCCCGAAUUCAGGUGCGCCUGGGAGAACACAACAUUGAUGUCCUUGAGGGUGGUGAGCAAUUCAUCGAUGCUGCUAAAAUCAUCCGCCACCCCAAGUAUAACCAAAACACCUAUGAUAACGACAUCAUGCUGAUCAAGUUGAAGUCACCUGCCACCCUCAACUCCCGAGUGUCCACCGUCUCUCUGCCAAGAUCUUGUCCAACAGCUGGCACUAAGUGCCUUGUGUCUGGCUGGGGCAACACCCUGAGCAGUGGCACCAAAUACCCUUCCCUUCUUCAGUGUCUUGAUGCUCCUGUCCUCUCUGACAGUUCUUGCAAAAGUUCCUACCCAAGCAAGAUCACUAGCAACAUGUUCUGUUUGGGCUUCCUGGAGGGUGGAAAGGACUCAUGCCAGGGUGACUCUGGUGGCCCUGUAGUCUGCAAUGGGCAACUCCAGGGUGUUGUUUCCUGGGGAUAUGGCUGUGCUCUGAAGGGAAAACCUGGUGUCUACACCAAGGUGUGCAACUAUGUGAGCUGGAUUCAGCAGACUAUUGCUGCAAACUAAACACCUUGAUUUUUUCAGAAGCCAUUGCUCUGUAGUCAAAGUCACCUUCCUUAUGUGCCCCAAACCACAAUCACAAUAAAAAAAUUAUUAAAAUGUC